AUGGCUGAAUCGAGCCAGGAACACGGAGCACCUGGUGCAAAUACUCAGGGAGGAACACGCAUUCAGAGCCACGGCCGCUUAGUACUUUUCAUUGCGAGCAGGAAAAGUUCAUGCCAGAACCACAUCAAGAAAAAAUGGGCAUUGGACACGUACAAGCCGCGGAAUACACGAACCCGUGCGGACGGGUCGUCUUCCGCCUCGAGAAAACGCGCAGGUCGCUCUUCACAGCGGCAAACCGCGCCGCUCAGACCGGCUGCUCUCCUUCCCAGUCCGACGACGAACCGGAUGCUCAGGCCCGGCGUCCAUCGAGCCCCAGAGCUGAUGCAGUACUCGAUUGACGGAUUUGUUCUCGGCGUAUUCGGACGCUCCGUGGAGCAAUUCACAGUGUGGGAUCUGAUGCGGCCCAAGUUGGACCACGGGCUGAGCUGGCAGAGGAUAGCGGAUUUAUACUGGUCGGCUUGGAAGAACAAGCAGGCCGGAAGCUGGAAGAAGGUGAGGAAGGGUGUACGACAGGCUCAUCAGGAGAUACGCAUCUUGGUCCGUCACGGUAAUCCGGGAAUGUUCCGACUCUUGUGGAAACUAAGUGACCCCUUGGCGUUGGACAAGGUGAGGAAGGCGGCGGCGACGCCUUCCAAGGACGUGCAGCGUGUCUAUCAUCACGCCUUUCUGGCCAAGUUCUGGCGAGUCUGUUACCAGCUGCUCAAGAUGGACUUGCAAUCGGGGACUGGGUUCUCGUUCCUGCUCGAUUUUCUGAUGGAGUUGGAGGGCGUGUACUGCGCUGAUUUCGGCAUGCAUCAUCCCAUCCGGUGCCUUGUGUUUUCCCUUGCCCAGGUGUCGAGGGAGCAUGUGCAGGACAUGUUGGGGAUUGGCGUGAGACGCAGCAUGCAAGUCAUGGCGCCUGGGGUGACGUCCGGCCAGAAACGGGCCUUGGUUAUCCGAUGGUGGACGGCGGAUGUAGAGCGGACGUGGUAG